AUGAAGACCGGAAACAAUACAGACUCCUUGCGAAACGAGACUGACAUGGGGGUCGAGCCAUCUACCAAUGUCCCUCCAUCUGCAAGUCCCAGAAGUCACAUUCCACCCUGGAAAUGGGUCAGUACAUGCAUUGCAUUGUAUCUAGGAGCACUUCUGUACGGCCUCGAUACAACGAUUGCGGCAGAUGUCCAGGCACAAGUAUAUGAAGAUUUGGGCCAUAUCGAGAACUUACAAUGGGUCGGCCUUGGUUUUCCGAUGGCAUCAGCUGCAACCAUCCUGACAUUCACUCGAGCUUACGGGCUAUUCAACGUGAAGACGCUUGUUCUAUCAAGCGUUUUUGUAUUUGAAGUAGGUCGAGUGAUUGCAGGUAUUGGUGGAGCAGGCAUGUAUCUUGGAGCUUUGACCUACAUAUCUAUGUUCACCAAAAGGUCGGAAACGCCCUUGUACAAUGCAUUGAUUGGCCUCAGUUGGGGAGUUGGAUCCAUUCUCGGACCAGUGGUUGGUGGUGCGCUUUCCGAGAGCAGUGCAACUUGGCGCUGGGCAUUUUAUAUCAACCUUCCGCUUGCGGCCAUUCUCUCGCCCGUCUAUUUCCUGUUGUUUCCCUCACGCGACGCCAGACCUGAUCUUACAUUUAGAGAGAAGGUCAAUCAAAUUGAUUGGGUUGGAGCAUUUCUGAACGCUGCAGUAUUCGUACUCUUCAUGAUUGCCCUCAGCUUCAGUGGCUCGACAUAUGCUUGGAGCUCAGCGGGAUCCAUCGUUCUCUGGAUAAUGUUCGGGCUUUGUCUGGUUGCAUACAUCUUACAACAAGUUUUCUCAAUCUCUACAACGGACGAGUAUCGAAUCUUUCCAGUGCAUUUUCUUCAGUCGCGGAUCAUGGUUUUGCUAUAUCUUGCCACAGCAGGUGCGAGUGCAGCUCAAGCUAUCACUCUCUACUAUACUCCGCUUUUCUUCCAAUUCACCCGAGGUGAUACGGCGCUACGUGCAGCUGUUCGCCUUCUGCCUUUCAUCUGCACGUAUAUUCUCUUUGUCAUGGCAGCAGGCGGCUCACUUCCGGUCUUUGGCCGUUAUCAUCUCUACUACCUUGUUGGAGGUGUGCUCAUCGUUAUCGGAAGCUCCUUGCUAUUCACGAUGGAGACGAAUAUUUCUACCGGCAAGAUAUACGGAUACGAAGUAUUGGUGGCGGCGGGUAUAGGUCUAGCAUGGCAGAACGCAUAUUCCGUCGCUAUAGCCAAAGUCUCAUCUGUCAAGGAAGUGCCGAAAGCUCUCGGUUUUAUCAACCUUGCGCAGAUUGGUACUGUCUCAAUCUCACUGGCAAUCGCAGGAUCGCUGUUUCAAAAUCUAGGAUACCAUGAACUGAAGAACGCAUUUGCAAAAUCCGGUCAUGAUUUCCCGGAUAACUAUAUCAGGUCGGCUCUCGCAGGUCGCAUAUCUCCAGUUUUCUCCUCCGCCGAGGAGGGUGUUGUCAAUAUUGCGACUGAAGCCGUGGCAGAGACCAUUCGAAAGAUGUUUGGACAAGCCAUAGCGGCUGGAGCUCUGGUUAUAGUUAGCUCCUUACUAAUGAAGUUUGAGAAGGUUGAUCUUGGAAUUGUAGCGGCUAGAACAAGGUGGGAGAAGAGUAAGAAAGCUUCGUCCAUUCCAAACCGUGAAAGUAUUACUGUGGUUUAA